AAACUGAACUACAAAGACAACGAGAUGAAACUAGCACUUCUACGGCUACUUUGCGACAAGAAAUCACUAAUCUUAAAGAGCAAUUAAGGACUGCCCAAAGAAAAGCCCGACAAUUAACCGGAAUUGAAGCUCAGUUAAUGGACACUAAAGAGCAACUAAUUCACACCGAAUUUCGGUUAGAAAACGCCGAAACUAACCUUAAUUCUUUAUCGCAAACUAAAACUAACUUAGAAAGAGAAAAAACCGAAUUAGAGCAAAACAUUAUUCAGUUAAAUAGCGAAAAACAAUCCCUAGCGAAUGAAAAAACUACCCUAACCAGCCAAGUUUCUCAACUCCAAAACGAAAUCCAAAAGGAAAAACAAGCCAAAAACGAAUCCGAAGAGCGAAAUAAAGAACAAAUCCAAGCUUUAAAAGCUCAAUUAAAGCAAAAAGAAGAUAACUUAAAAGAAAUUCAAGAGCAAUUAGAAGCCAAAGAAGCGGAAUUAAAUGAACUCCGGCAACAAUUAGCCAAUAAAGACGAACAAUUAGAACAAAUUAAGACCGAAUUUCAAACUACCCAAGCUCGUUUAGAAACACUUUUAAAAGAAAGUCAAACAACUAACCAAACUAACUUGGAAACUAUUGCCCAAUUACAAGUUAACCUACAAAAAAUUAAUUCUUUAAAAUCGCAACUCCAAAAAGAAGCAAGCCAAAAUCAACAAAAUUUACAAGAAUUACGAUCGCAUCAUCGGCAAGUUUCAAAGCAGAUUCAGGAAUACAAACAAGAAUUAAAUUAUCAGGAAGCACUAACCACUAAAUUAGGCGGAGAGAAAGCCGAAUUAACUCAGCAAAUUCAAGCCCAAUUAACUGAGUUUAAUGGUUUAAAGCAAAAUUUAGCAGAAACUAACCAGUUUUUAGAAGAAAAAGAGCAAGAAAGCUUAGGUUUAAGUAAAGAAAAGAUUAGAUUACUGUUAAAUUUAACGGAAAGAGAGCAAGAAAUUAGCCAAUUAAACGAAAUUCAAACAGAAUUGCAAACCUCUAUCGCCCAGAAGCAAACUGAAAUAAACUCCCUUGAACAAACUUUUAAUCAGCAACUAAAAGAGCUAAACAUUCUUAUUGACCCACAAGCCGAACAUUAUACUGAGCCAAUUGAGUUUAAGAGAUUUAAAACUGAAUUAGAGAAAAACCUAAACAACUUGACUAGUAGAAGUAGCGAACUAGAACAGGCUUUGAAUAAGGCUCAAACUAAAACUGAAAAGACUAGAACGGUAGCCCAAAAGAAUAUUAACCUAGCUAAACAAAAAAUAGCUGAUUUAGAAACUCAACUAAUUAAUUUGGCUAAACAAAAAAUCAAAACCAAAGCCCAAGGAAAAGAACUAUUAGCCGAUUUAGCCGGCCAGUUAGAAGAGAAACAAAUUGAAUUGGCUCAGGUUCGAGAGGAUAGUCAAAAUUUAAACAGUCAAUUGACCCAAGUUCAAAGUGAUUUAAGCAAAAAUAAGCAACAGUUAACCCAAGCCCAGAAAGAAAGCACAGAAGCAACGCAAAAAGCCCAAGCCCAGAUUGCUAACUUAGAAAAAAAAAUUAAAGAAAAAAACCAAGAAUUAAUCCAUGCCCAAGAAAAACUAAAUAAGUCUACUCAAAACCAAGCCAACCAAACCGAUAUUACUAGCCUAGAAAUAACCAAUUUAAAAAAACAGUUAGCCCUUGCCCAAAAGUCUGAACAAGAAUUAAAUAAAGAAAAAGCCGAAAUUAGCCAACGGUUAGCCAAAGCUCUGAAAAAGCCUAAAAGUGAGCCGGAACCAGUUAAGCCUAGUUUAAAUAAAAAUGAACCUAUAAAAACUUGGGAUGAGUAUGUGAAAAAUCCAAUUGCUCAGAAAACCGAAGAAUUAGAAAAUCAAGCCUCGUCAAAAUUGAACGAAUAUAGCCGAAAGGCCCAAGAACAAGCUAAUAAGCCCUUGAAUUAUUAUAAAAAACAAGAAGCUUUUUAUCGGGGAUUGUUUUGGAUUGCUUUGGCUCUUUUUAUUAUGCCAACAGUUAAAAAAGUUAGUUCGAAUACUAAGGCUAAGCGAUUUGUUUUUCCUCCACCAGAAGAGUUCGAAAGA